AACAGGACCGAGGAAAUGAAGAAGUAGUUGCCCUAGCCAAUACAACCACAUACAUCGACAGCAAUGGAGAACUGGUGGAGCGGGUUUCUUUUACCACCGUUAACGUAUCACAGUCGGAUAGCUCCGAAACGUCUAUGAAUUCGGUAACUGUUAAUCAGACGAAAGUACUACCUCCUGUGCCACCAAGGCCACCCAAGCGCGGCAUUCUGAAAGGAUCGCGUUUGAACCUGAACGAAUUUGGAUCCGAUGGUGGAGGCUCGUACUCUUCGAUGUCUCCGGAUUCUAAAACAGAAUUAAUGCGAAACACGUUACAAAACGAACGAAUGAACUAUUCACAGCAAUCAAGACAUUCCGUGGAAAAUCUUAGGAUUGUUGGAGAGGUGAAUCCUGUCAACCUAAAUCAUCUACAUGUGGCAACGUCUCCAUCUCCAAGUGCCGGUAGUCUUACCGAUACAACAAAUUCAUCCUUUGCAACGCCACCAUUUUCCUUGAGUCCAGUUGGAGAAUCUCAAGGAUCAUACCGCUGGUCUCGGGUACAAGCUUUCGAAGAAACAAGUCUUCCGCUGCCACCAAUUAAGUUAGUAACUUUACCACCUGCUCGAGAGCUGGUGAUCAAGCGACAAAAAACACCAAGAAAUGAUUUUGGAUUUAGUCUAAGGAAGGCUAUGGUUCUGGUUCGAACUAAUCCCCUGCUAUCACCAAUAUUACAACCAGUUAUUUUUGCCGAACCAAGUGCCAAUACCAGCACUUCUACUGGUUUACUGCCCGGCGACCGACUUCUUAAAGUGAAUGGAUUAUCCGUAGAGGAAAUGUCUCGUGAAACGAUAAUUGAAAUGAUAAGAAACAGCGGGGACAGUGUAAUAGUGCAGGUGCAACCAGUAGCGGAACUGGCGGAACUUUCCCGUCGUUGUAUGACCAGCGCCAGUGACGAUAGUGAUCGAUUUUCAUCCAUGGAUGUUAUAGAAUGCAAUACAUUACGCCGCAGUGCCAGCAAACGCCUCAAAGCUGAGAUUAAACCUGAUCAGUUGAACAACGAUGGUCUUGAAAGCGAUUAUCACUCUGGAGAGAAAGUAUGGCUAAUUCAUCGAUUAGGUUUCACGGCGGCAUUAAAGUUACUACACAGUAUUUCUUCCGAUCCGAGCAAAACGCUGGUGCAACUCGAACAUAACGGAGAAGAGCUGAGCGUCGAUGAGGACGACAUUGAAAAAGCAAAUUUAGAAUCAUUGGACCUAGUUGAAGAUAUUUGCCAGCUUCGACAUCUUAAUGAGGCAUCCGUGCUACACGUACUGCGGCAGAGAUAUGCUAACAAUCUAAUUCACACUCGAGCAGGUCCAGUGUUGAUGUUUGUUAACGCGAUGGCACCGUUGUCGCUUUAUUCGGAAAAGGUUGUGUCGAUGUUUCGCGGUUGUAAAACCGAGGAUAUGCCACCGCAUGUAUUUUCGCUCACGCAAACAGCAUAUCGAGCGAUGUUGGAAACCCGCCGCGAUCAAAGCCUCAUCUUCAUGGGACGUUCCGGAUCCGGUAAAACAACUAACUUUAAACAUGCCUUGUACUAUUUGGCAUUAGCAGCAGGUUCUGUAAAUAAAAUAUUAUCAGUUGAGCGAGUGAGCGCAGUUAAUACGAUAUUGGAGGCUUUUGGAAAUGCCAAAACAUGUCUCAACACCAACGCAACACGAUUCACUCAAAUUUUCAGCGUGGACUUCGAUCACUGUGGACAAAUAGCAUCAGCUUCGGUGCAAAUUUUACUGUUAGAAAAAUCUCGGGUAGGAAGACGAACCGGAAGCGAACAUCAUACAUUCCACGUAUUUACGCGUUUACUAGUUGGUGCCGAAGAACACCUCCAAAAAGAAAUGUUUUUGGAUAAUAUAAAUAUUGAAGAAAAUAACCUUUUUAUCACACUACCAACUAAGCUUGAAGAAAAGCAAAAUGCAUCCAUCGAUUUUGCGAGAUUGCAACAAGCAUUCAGUGUGCUUAACGUUGAUCAGUCAUCUGUAAAAGCUCUUUGGUAUGUACUGGCGGCGAUAUUCCAUCUAGGAAGUGCCAAUUGUUCCGUUGUCGGCAUGGGAUCAUCUGCCCGAGUUCAGUUUUCCAAUCCAUCUUCCGCAAGAAAGGCAGCCAACUUAUUGGGAAUUUCAAUGGAUGAUUUGACCACUGCAGCUUUUUCGAAUGCAUCACACAAAUCUGUUCAUGGUUCUCCAAGCAAAUCCAAUUCAUCCUCAGAGCAGUCAGAUUUGGCGGCAGCUGCCUUGUAUAGUUUAGAAGGGCUAGUUGUUGGUCUAUAUUCUGAAGUAAUGUCAGCUGCUGUAGCGUUAGUGAACACAGCAAUCGGCACUUCAAACAAUACAGUUUCAUCCAUCCUUUUGAUCGAUACGCCGGGCUUCCAGAAUCCAGCUAGUUGCGGACAACAAAUGGGAGCAUCAUUGUCUGAUUUAAGACACAAUUACCUGCAAGAACGUUUGCAAUUAUUGUUUCAUCACGUCAACCUUGUUGCACCUCGCAAUCGCUAUGCACAAGAGCUGGUAGAAUUAGAUGCUGGAAUCAUGCAUGAGACGAAUCCUACCCCGUUGGUAAAUUUACUUGAUAAGGCACCACAGAAUCAUGUAGUACGUACAUCACAGAACAAUCUUCGGGAUCAGGACAAACGUGGCCUCUUGUGGAUGCUGGAUGAGGAAGUGAUGUAUCCUAAUGCUAGUGACGAUACUUUCCUGGAAAGAUUAUUCUCCUCAAAUGCAGAUCGGGAAAGCCAAAUUCUUAUCCGAAGGGGAGCUGGAAUGCGGCAGUUUAUCCUACAACAUAUGCAAGGAACUAAUCCAGUAUUAUAUAAUUCAUCCGGUUGGUUGAAAGGCAGUCACGAGCAUCCAUCAACUAAAUGUGCAGUUAGUUUACUGCAGGACAGUAACAAAUCUGAAAUCAGCAACCUUUUUACUGUUUGUUUUACACGCAGUGGAGGUACAGUUUAUUUUGGUUCUAUCGUGGGCACAGAAGGUACACAAUCGCUGCGACGUGUGUCCAGCAUACGAAGAUCGUUCACGUCUGCUGGAAUCAAGCGCAAUUCAGUUAUGCUACAAGUUAAGUUUACCGUGGAUGGCAUUAUCGAAACUCUAAGGCGAACCGGCACGCACUUCGUUCACUGUUAUCUGUUGCAGCACAAUGCCGGCAUAUCUGGCUAUAUGAAUUCAAAUACCAAAGCAUUGCAAAGUGAUGACAUUGUUAACAUACCACUCUUACGAAGUCAGUUGCGUGGAUCACAGAUACUGGAUUUCUCUCGGCUGCAUCGUUUGGGUUUUCCAAUGAGUGUACCUUUAUCUGAAUUUAGCCGUCGCUUUGGAUUACUUGGUGAUGGUGCACUGGGCGACGUUACCGUGGAGAACAUUUUAAAUCUCAACGAAAUAGACCCUUCCGUGUAUCGGAUUGGCCCUAGUCAGGUUCUCUUUCGUUCUGGUGUUUUAAACCAAUUGGAGGCAAAGCGUGAUGAGCUGUUGUCUGACCGCAUCACACAACUUCAAGCUUACUGCCGUGGUUAUCUGUCUAGGAAACGGCUAGCUCAAAAGCGAAUUCAGGAACUUGCAGUCAGAUGUAUUCAACGUAAUGUGCGAGCAUUCCUAAAUGUUCGCGAAUGGCCCUGGUGGCGACUGUUAGUGAGGGUUACGCCUCUGUUGAAUGUGCAUCGCACCGAGGAGCAGUUGAAGAUCGCUACCAAUGAACUGCAAGUUUUAAAGGCAAAACUAGAGAAGGUAGAAAGUGAGCGCAACAACUUGAAGACAGAAAACUCCAAACUAGAAUCAAGGCUAUCAGGGAUGACUGCAGAGCUGGCUGAAGAGCACUCAUCAUCAAGCUUGAUAAGUGAACGGUUGGAAGCAGAAACUACCGAAAGACUAAGGCUCGAUAAGGAAGUUAAAGAACAUGAGGCCAAUUAUCGAAAUUUGCAGGAAUCAUCGGAGAAACUGGAGAUGGAACUAUUGUGUGCUAAAUCUGAUCUCAACGGCGAUUUGGAUGAUGACCUUGAUGGCGAUGAAACUGGAUCCAACGUCUAUCGACUAAAAUAUGAGCGAGUGGCCCGUGAACUGGAGUUUACCAAAAAACGAUUGCAGACACAGCAUGAGCAUGACCUGGAGCAACUAAUUGGAUUAAAAAAACAAUUGGAAAAGAAGCUAGCAGAUGCUUAUGAGGAAGUGGAGGAGCAACGACAGGUAGUUGGACAGUGGAAACGUAAAGCGCAGAAGAUGACCAACGAAAUGAACGAUUUACGCAUGUUAUUGGAGGAGCAAAAUAGUCGUAAUAAUCUCCUCGAAAAGCGUCAGCGAAAGUUUGACUCUGAAUGCCAAGCGCUGCAGGACUCUGCCCGACAAGAAAAACAAUCUCGGGAACGUCUAUCUCGUGAAAAAGAUGUUCUUAUCGCCGAAAAAUUCACGAUAGAACAGACACUUUCUGAUGUGCGGUUGGAACUUGAGCUGAAAGAAGAAAAGUACAGUACGCUACAACGUGAACUAGAAGAAAUGACCUUUGGCGGCGGCACCGAAGAGGAGAUAGCUCAACUGAAACGUCAGAAAAUGGAACUUGAUCGUCGUUGUAAAGAACAGGAAGAGGAACUGGACGAAAUGGCAGGACAGAUGCAGUUGCUGGAACAAGCAAAGCUUCGCCUGGAAAUGUCCCUUGAAACCAUGCGAAAAGAAGCCCGUAAAGAGGCUCAACAGCGCGAUGAUGAGUUUGAAGAGGUUCGAGGAUCAGCUUACAAGAAAAUCAAGUCACUGGAAUGUCAGUUAGAACAAGAACACGAAGAACGAACUCUAUUACUGCGGGAGAAGCACGAACUUGAACGGCGUCUGAAUAACCUCGAGGAAAAUGUACGAGUCGAGCGAGUGGCAGAGGAAGCAGCUUCACAUAAAUUAAAGCGUGAUCUUAGAAAGUACAAAGCGCUCCUCCGCGAUGCACAAACUCAACUAGAACGAGCAAAAACCGAUUCUGCUGGUAAGACGCUGAUACGACAGCUUCGAAACCAGCUAGAAGAUGCUGAAUCGGCACGUACCUCGGCCGUGAAAGCUCGUCAAGUAGCGGAAAACGAAUUGCAGGAUGUCCAAUUGAUGCUGGAGGAAGCUCAACGAACACGGAUAGACGCCGUUGAGAAGGCCACUUCAGCUCUGCGCGACCGUAGUGAACUACAGGCGCAACUAGAUGAAAACGAAGAAGAAAUGGCUGAAUUAAUGAAAAAAUUCAGUGUCACCGUUAAACAGUUGAGCUCCGAACAAGCGAUCAUAGCGGACUACGAACUAAGGAUUUUAGAACUAGAAUCGGAGCGAACAUCCUUAAAAGAACAAAUAUCAGACUUAACGGCUCGACUGGAAAACGUGGAAAACAUAGGCGAUUCCCCAUCGAGCAUUCAAAUCAAGCGUCUUGAAUUACGUACCAAAGAAUUAGAAUCACGACUUGAGUUUGAACAAGCAACUCGUGCACGCAUGGAAAUUCAAUUGAACCGACACAAAGAUUCACUUGAAAAGGCACAAAGCGAAGUUGUUCAAAUUCGUAGCAAAGAAAUGCAUGCACAAGAUGCACUCAAGAAAUCACAGAGAACUAUACGGGAAUUACGGGAAGAGAUACACUCAUUUGCAAAUAAAGAGCAAGAAAAUCUAUCUAAGCGGAAGGAUCUUGAGAAGCGUCUGGAAACUGUAGAGGCCGAAUGCGCAUCGGCGCGUGCUGAUCUUCGGUUAGCAUUGCAAAGAAUAUCAGACUUACAGCAAGCGAUGGAGGAAGGAGACUCAUAUCAUUCAGAUAGUGAAAAUAGCGACAGUUCAAUUGAUUCAGUGAGUGAUUUGAACUACCGAAAUCCAAAUAAUAUUUCGUUUCAUCGAGAAAGGUAUGACGGUAUCAGCACUAAUGCAAUCGGUUCGAACCUGUGCAAUCUAGGGGAAAAUGAAAAUAUUCCAAGAGUCACCCUUACUUCGUCGUCCAUGACUUCCAUGCCAUCGGUGAAGGAAUACAGUGAAAGCAAUCGCGUCACCAAUGGUGAUGAAAAUGGAGAGUCUUCUUAUGCUUAAAAUGACGUCUAGUACUAUUCAAAAGGAAAUAUUUAAACAACAAUUUAAGAACUAAAACAAGUUGUUAUACAAAUUUCUUAAAAA